UUAAUGUCUGUGUUUUUAAACAGGAUUCCCUUGGUGGUAAUGCAAAAACCUGUAUAAUUGCAAAUGUUCAUCCAGGAUCCAGGUGCUUUGGUGAAACCCUGUCCACUCUUAAUUUUGCUCAGCGGGCAAAGUUGAUUAAGAACAAGGCUGUGGUAAAUGAAGACACACAAGGAAAUGUGAAGCAGCUGCAAGCUGAGGUCAGGAAGUUGAAAGAGCAGCUUGCUCAACUUACUUCAGUGCCAUCUAUGUGUGAUAUUUCUGUAUCACAAGGUGCUGUUGAAAAAGGGCACAACCACCUAAAUUACAUGAAUAAGUUUCUUGAAGCAAUGUUGUUCUGGGAGAAAUCAGAAGGUGAAAAGAAGAAUUUAUUAGAAAAAAUUGCUCAACUAGAAGACCUGUGUGGCAAGAAGGAGAAAUUUAUUCAAUCCAACAAAAUGAUAGUUAAAUUCCGUGAAAACCAUAUUGUUCGCUUGGAGCGGUUACAUAAAGAGGCAGGUGGAAGCUUCUUGCCAAAAGAACAAGAUGAUCUCUUCAGUGAACUGAGGGAGGAAUUGCAGAUGCUCAAAGAACAGGUGGAACAACACCCACAGAUUGCAAAGUAUGCCAUGGAGAACUAUAACCUCAGAGAGGAGAACAAAAAACUUCGUUCUUUGCAGUCAGUUAAAAAGGCUCAGGAAAUUGAUGCCAACACAAUAGCUGAAUUGGAAAAAGCUUUCUCAGAAGCCUCAGCCACAGAGAAAAAUACUGGAGGUCAUCAUUUAUAUUCCACCACCAUAUCAGUGGAAGGCAAUUCGCUGGCAUCUGUUGAAAGGCUGAAAGCACGUCUGCUACAGACUCAGAGUGAACUGGCAAGUUCAAAACAAGAAUAUGAAGAAUUUAAAGACCUAACCAAGAAAAAGCAUAUGGAAAUGGAAUCAGAGCUUCAGUCCCUUCGGAAAGCAAACCAGCAUCUUGAAAACAUUCUGGAAGCAACUAAAGCAAGCAAGCGCCUAGAAGUCUCUCAGUUACACAAGCUACACAGAGAAACUCUGAAGAACAUAACAACUCCAUCAAAAGCUUACCAGCUGAGAUCCCGCCUAGUGCCACGGUUCAGCCCGGAGAUCUUAGAUCGUCAUUCCGAAGCUUUUCAGUGUUCUGAAGAGGUGAUGGAUGAUGUUGCAAAAGAGCCAGUUUCCCCACAGGUGAACGAACAACAAGCAUAUGAGGCUGUGGUUGAGGAGUUCAAACUGACACAGGAGCAACUGAGCACAAUGCAGACAAAGCUGGAUGAAGAGGAAAGCAAGAAUCUGAAACUCCAGCAGCAUGUUGAUAAACUGGAGCAUCAUUCUGCACAAAUACAGGAGCUCCUUUCAUCUGAAAGGAAUGACUGGAAUAAGCAACGCCAGGAGCUCCUGGAACAAAUAAAGUCGCUUGAAAAGCAAUUUCAAGACAGCCAAAGCAAUACUGAUAUAUUAAAAAGUGAAGUCUGUGACUUACGCAUUGUCCUGAAGUCUGCAGACAAGGAGUUGUCUGCUGUAAAACUGGAAUAUCGUGCCUUUAGGGAAAAGCAAGAGAAAGAAAUGAGCCAGCUUUCUGCUAGACAUAUGGAUGUACAGUUCCAGCUGGACAGUGUCAGGCUAGAACAUGAGAAGGUUCUUGAGGAAAAAGCAAGCCUGCAGGAUGACUAUGACAAUUUGCAGGAAGUAGCCAAGUUUGAGACAGAUCAGCUGAAGCAACAACUUGAACAAGAAGCAGAAGCAAUGAAAACUGAGCUUUGUAAUCUUUACGAACUCCUGAAAACAGAAAAAGAACUGAAUGAAAAACUAACAUUAAGAUUGCAAGAAGAAACCAGUUCAAAGGAGCUCUUGAAAGAGCUUGGAAAAGCACAGGUGGGGAAACCAUCCUCUGAAAUGGUGACCCAGCGUGAGCAGCAGGAAGCAAAACUGCAGAAAUUGGAGCAGGAGCUGGCUGCUGCUGAAGAAAUGAUCGUUUCUUUGAAGAAGACAAACGAUACAGAUAAGGAAGUUGUAACUGACUUGAUGAGACAGAUCCAGGAGCUGAGGACUUCACUUAAUCAUAAAACUGAGUCCCUAGAUGGUCUGACAAGAGAGCUCGAGGAUAUAAAUUGCAAGUAUAAUCUUCUUCUGACUGCAAGAGAAGAAAGCAAAGGAAUCAUACAGGAUCAGGAAAAGAAGAUUGAAGAGCUGAGGGAAGCCUUGGAGAGAAGUAAAAUAGCUGAUAACAUUGAGAGAGACCUUCUGUGUGAAGACUUGCAUCAUACUGUUGAUCAGCUAAUGAAACUGACUGAAGCCUCCAAGAAGCAUGAUUCAUUGCUUCAAUCUGCACAGGAAGACAUAACAAGGAAAGAAGCCCUAAUCCAGGAACUCAGGGAACAGCUGGACAAAGUGACAGAAGAACUGGAGAAAAGGAAUAAUGAAUAUGAAUUAAAAAUGAAGCAACUCGAUUGCUUUGUUGACUCGUCUUCAGAAACAUUUCCUCAGUGUGCAAAAACUCCCCCUAAGUUUGAUGUGAAUUUGGCAAAGCUCUUGGAAACUCAUGAGCAAGAAAUAGCUGAUCGGAGGGCUUCUGCAAUAAACCUGGAGCACCUUGUGCAUGAGCUGAAUGAAGAACGAAAAGCUAAAAAUGCUGAAAUUCUAAGGCUGAAGGAACAAUUAAAUGAGCUGGAGAAUUUGCGUCUGGAAAUGCAGGUACUGGUGGAGAACAACAGGAAUUUACAGAACCUUGUAGAAGCUCAGAGACCAAGCAAGAACAGUGACCAGAAACAUCCUGAUGUUCAGUACCUCAAAGAGAAAGAUGAGGAGGUUGCUGAAGAACAACGUGCCAAGAAUAAAGCAGUGGAGGAGAUGCUGAAAAUCAAAGCAGAAUUAGAAGAAACCAGAAAUAACCUCAAAAUCAAAGAGAAUACUUGUCUUGAAAUUAAUCAGGAGAUGGAACGAACAAGAGCUUUGGAGAUCAAAGCAUUUAAUGAAAAAGAAGAAAUACGGUCAAAACUGGAGGAAAUGUAUGAAGAGAGAGACAGAGUUGCAAAGGAAAUGGACUUGCUGAGGAAGCAGCUGAAGUCUCUUGCGGAGGAAAAUGGGAAAUUGAUUGGUCAUCAAAACCUAAAACAGAGGAUUCAGUAUCUUGUGAAACUGAAGAAAGAUUACACUGAACUUAGUGCGGAGACUGAAAAACUAAGAGUUGAAAACGCUUCUCUGAAAGAAGCAAAAAGAUGUGACAUGUGCAAACAUCGGGAGCAGCUCUGAUGACACAGCUUCAGAGACAGAGUUUUCAAGUGUACAGAAUAAGCAAACACCAAGUGUCAAAACCUUAUUUUCCUGGGACCACAGCAAAAGUCAAGUCAUUUAGUUCCUGGAUUUUGGGCUGGUAAUAACCCUUAGUGAAGAACUGAAUCCAGCCAUGUGGGCAGCUAUCAAUGACCUAUUAUCACCUUCCUGGCAAUUCUCAAAAACUGAUUUUUGUGUCAGUGCUAGAAGGUACUUCCUUGAACCUGUCACUAAUUCUAUCCACCUAUUCUUGGCUAUCUUAUACAGUACUUACUUUUGCCCACAAAGAAAUGGGGCAAGAGAGUAUGAAGAAAAAGACCCAUGGCAGUUGGAGGGCAGGCUUCCUAAUGAGUUCCUGCACUAUUUGACUGAAGGGAAGAAGAAUAAAGCUUAUAUAUGGAUUUUGGAGUUGUCUAAUCAUGCAGGCUUGUUUCUACUUGAACGUUGAUGUGAAGUAGUAAGGUAAAAAAACUCCUU